AGGCAGCAGCUGUUUAUCGUAAAUGUUUUUUUUCCCGGAACUCAAUUUUCCAUUCUGCGUCGGAGCAUAAAACAUCCCUUUCUUUCCGUCGGUCACGUAUCUCCGAAUCUCUGCGUUUCGCAUCGUCGUGAUUCGCAAACUAAGACGUUCAAUUACCCCCGCGGUUUACGCGUGCCGUCUUACGCUGUCGCUCGCUAUUUAUUUCUAUUUUAAAUUAUAAAAUUUGACCGAGAAAUGGUGCCCUUUAAUGGCGCAUGACGUCACGCGGCGCAGGGACGAAUAACCGCGAUUCUACGUUUCGAAUUCGAUCGGUUCGAGUUUCGUCUGAGGUCGAUCAACGCCUUCGGUCCAAUUUGCAUGAAACUUCGAGAGCCGCUAAUCCUCUUUGAGUAACGUUCUAAUUUUGAAUUGAAAAUAAUCAGCGAUGACUAAUGUAAGGGUGAGUCGGCGGGUCUGUAAGCGCCCUUUAGAUUCAAAACUAGUUACUUGCUUGACGGAAAGUCCGGCGUAGUGAGCCGAGCGUUUCCGACGAUACCCGAACUCCUGCUUCGAGAGAAGCGGGGCCCGAGCCAGUUGAGUGUGAGUCGAGUUCGAGCGAUUCCCUCGAUCGUGAACGUGUGUGUGGCGGAGGAGCAUGAAAUGAAACUCGUUAAUUUCAAGGGUAAAUAGGAGGUUUACCCUUAAAAAAGGAACAAAAAAGGAUUAAUAUAACCGUGCUCCGGAGGUGAAGGAAGUGGUGCGUGUUAACCGACCGAAUGUGAUAUAACUGAAAAGUGUGUUAGAUGUGGAAAACUAAAUCAGAGUUAAUAACCGUGUGGCCCGAGCUCGAGCCAGGCUUUUGGGGACACGACAAGAUGGCUGAGAAUCUCUGCUGCUGCGAAGGCUGACCAAAAGAAAACUCCAACAAACCAACCACCCAAACCAACCAACUAACCGAACGACCAAACAACCAACCUCCUCCUGCUGCCUUCUAUAAACCGACGUCGUCAGUUUGUAUAUGUAGUUCUAUUAACCAUAAGGUUUUGUUAUCCAUAUGAGCUACGAUGUCGUUAUGAAACUGGGCUCCUCGGAGAGAGACCGGAGGAAUAGUGAGAGGGAAUGCGUGACAUGUUCAUCCAAGCUCAGCAGACGAGCAGCGUCAACGGCAGCAGCAGCAGCAACAGCAGCAGCAGCAGCAGCAGCAGCAGCAAUAACAACAGCAAUAACAACAACAACAACGCUGCUCACCAACAUACCAAGAAACGCAAGUUGGACUAUAACGUCAGUCAGCCAGUUAUACAGCACGGUCAAGUCCAAUCUGCGGAUUUCCAGUUGGAUAAUACCAGUCUUCAACAAUACGCUGUUAGUGGGGUGAAUACAGUGUUUGGCCCAUUGCACAACAAUGCGCUGCAAAAAAGUCCUAACCAACAAAUUCUGGUCAGGGCAUCAACUAUUAAACUGUUAGACACGUACCAGCGCUGUGGUCAGAAGAGAAAAACUUGGUCGCGUGAGGGAGGUAAUGCCGAAGGACUGGCGGUCCAUUCUACUAACGCGACAAAUACAACGGCUAAUGCCAUAAGUUCCCAGCAUCAUUCUCAGCACCAACAGCAGCACAAACAAUCAAGUAUGACGUCGCACAGUAAGCAAGUAGCCAAUGGGGGCAAUGGCGGAGGUGGAAGUAAUCCACAAGGGGAUGGAGAUUAUCAGCUGGUGCAGCAUGAGGUUCUUUACUCUAUGACCAAUCAGUAUGAAGUUCUAGAGUUCUUGGGUAGAGGCACAUUUGGACAGGUCGUGAAAUGUUGGAAGAAAGGUACCAAUGAGAUAGUAGCCAUUAAAAUUUUGAAGAAUCAUCCAUCAUACGCGCGCCAAGGCCAGAUUGAGGUCUCCAUCCUGUCACGACUUAGCCAGGAGAACGCAGACGAGUUCAACUUUGUGCGCGCCUACGAAUGCUUUCAGCACAAGUCCCACACCUGCUUGGUGUUUGAAAUGCUGGAGCAGAACCUUUAUGAUUUUUUGAAACAAAACAAAUUUUCUCCCCUUCCUCUUAAAUACAUCAGGCCAAUUCUUCAACAAGUGCUCACCGCACUUCUUAAGCUAAAGCAAUUGGGUCUAAUUCAUGCUGACUUGAAGCCUGAAAAUAUUAUGCUGGUAGACCCUGUGCGUCAGCCCUACAGAGUUAAGGUUAUCGACUUUGGUUCUGCCUCCCACGUAUCGAAGGCUGUGUGCAAUACUUAUUUGCAAUCUCGUUAUUAUCGUGCGCCUGAGAUUAUUUUAGGACUUCCUUUCUGUGAAGCGAUAGACAUGUGGUCUCUCGGGUGUGUGGUAGCUGAAUUAUUUCUUGGUUGGCCUUUAUACCCAGGAAGUUCGGAAUAUGAUCAGAUACGGUACAUCAGCCAGACCCAGGGACUUCCUACGGAACAUAUGCUAAAUAAUGCUAGUAAAACUACGAAAUUCUUCUACAGAGAUAUGGAUAGUACCUAUCCAUUUUGGAGACUAAAAACCCCAGAAGAACACGAAGCGGAAACUGGGAUAAAAUCUAAAGAAGCAAGAAAAUACAUAUUUAACUGUUUAGAUGACAUCGGACAAGUAAAUGUACCAACUGAUUUAGAAGGGGGUCAGCUGUGCGCAGAAAAGGCUGACAGGCGAGAGUUCAUAGAUCUGUUGAAAAGGAUGCUUACAAUGGACCAGGUAGAGCGACGUAUAACACCUGGAGAAGCCCUGAACCACGCAUUUGUAACUCUGGCUCAUCUCGUCGACUACGCCCAUUGCAACAACGUAAAAGCCUCGGUUCAGAUGAUGGAAGUGUGUAGGAGAGCGGGUGACUUCACAGCGAGCCCAGCUCAUCAUCAGGCACCUCCUGCGCCUCAACCGGCGCCACCGACUUCGUUGGUUGCAAACUUUGUGCCUACGACAAAUGGCAGCGCAGUGACUCUAACCUUCAAUAAUCAGCUGACGAACCAGGUACAGAGACUCGUCAGAGAACAUCGUACUGCUGGGUCAGGAUACGAUAAUCUGUAUCAGAUAUACACCAACAGUAGUCGAAGAGCCACACAGUACAGUAGUUCGUCGAACGGUUCAAACGGUGGUCGGGGUGCGGUGCAUGACUUUCCGCAUCAAUUGGUACCCGGCAUACUUUGUCCACCACCUGGCUACCAGCCAAUGCCGAGUCCGGCCAAGCAUGUAGUUGUUGCGCAGGUCAGUGUCGAAAUGCCACCUCAAGCUCAACAAGCACCCUUGCAAAUCCAGCCGUCCAUUAUUUCUCAGCAAGCUGUCGCAGCUGCUGCCGCAGCUGCGCAACAACAAUAUGCUGCCGUUCCUGUCUCUAUGGUGGAAAGCGGCCGACAAAUGUUACUCACGAACGCGGUACAAACGUCGUGGCCAGGUGGUGGUCGACAAAUGACUGCCAUAGUACCUUCGUGGCAACAAUUACCACCUCAACAUGCUGCCAUACAACAACCUUUACUUAGCGACGCAGGGGACUGGGGAAGACCACUUAUCGUCGAUAGCUCCGCCAUACUCCAGGACCAGCGGCCUGUGUUCCCGGUUACAGAAGUUUACAACACCAGUGCACUCGUCGAACAUCCAUCUCAAAGUUGGGGAAAACGUAGCGUGGCAAAACAUCAUCAGCAUCAUUUAACAGUGCCCCAGCAACCUCAGCACAGACACGAACAUAAGAAAGAAACUCAGCAAUUGAGUCCCGUCAAGAAAAGAGUCAAAGAGAGCACGCCACCCAGUAACAUGAGGCGACAUUCACCUGCCAACGGGCACUGGCAACAACAAGCAACGCAGUCGCAUCAUCACAGCGGGAAGCACGGAAGUAGUAAUCAUACCAGUGGCGAACAUCAACAGGUCGCAUCUGUCAGACAACAAACCAUCACGAUACACGAUACUCCGUCACCUGCGGUUUCCGUUAUCACCAUCAGUGAUAGCGAGGACGAAAGCCCUGGAAAAUGCUGUGGAGACCGUCAGUGCGGGGCUUGCCAAGGCUUGGCCCCUCGCUUGUCUGGCGAUGGACGUCCCAUCCGUGAAGAUGUUAUUCGAAGCACUCAAUCUACGCCACGAGUAGUCCAAAGCUCGCACCAAACUCAUUCGAGCAGUCAGACGCAUACAAAUGGACACAGUAGUUCGCACAGCUCCUCGCAGAGAGCUCAACGUAAAAACGUCAUCAGUUGCGUUACUGUCGGAGACAGCGACGGAGAGGCUAGUCCUGGUCGUGGUCACACUCACUUGUAUCAACAGGUAUCUCAACAUCAGCACCAACAACCUGCCCAGCACAUUAAGCACGAACCGCAGCCUCAACAUCACGUCAGUUCUGGCUAUUCUUCGCAAUCGCAGAAAAAACGACUUCUCGCCAAAGUACAAUCUGAGUGUAACAUGAUUAAUGUCGCUACGAAGCCGGAGCCAGGUGUCGAAUAUCUAGCUCCUCAUCCUUGCCACGCACCUGCCUGUAAAGAACCUUCGACUUACCAGGAUGACGCCUAUGACAUGCAUGACUACUUCUUGCAGUAUGUGACGACCAGCAGCGCUCAUCCACAUCUACAGGAACAGCACAUAGUUUACACUACAGGAGCCGAUAAACGAGUAUCUUGGCCGGGUAAAAGAGCUGAAUACAAACACGAGUAUGUGCAGCCACCGGCAGCGCAUUCGAGAGAUCAUCAAAAAUGGGCAGUCGCCAAUCCAGUGCACCAGUACAGGCAGAGCCAGGUGGUGGGUUCGACCGCCCACCCGGGCCACAAUCAUGGUCACCAUGGUCAUCCGGCUCAUCUGAGUCCUGGUGGAGGGGGUGGGGGACGGAGUCCAGCUGCUGGGCCGGUAGUCGGGGGUGCCCAACACCUGGGGCAGCCCCUCUACCAGGAAUAUGCCCAUGUGCGAUCGCGCGGUCUUCCCGUUGCACCCCCACCUGCAGUUUACGUUACCGCUGCACCUUCUCAGGCACCAAGUGCCAUUCAACAACAACAAGUGCCCACCUACCAGGGAUUCACACCCGGGUGGGUACCUAGACGUCUAGUAGAUGCAUGCAUCUCCUCUCCAUUAACGUUGUAUGAUUCUAGUCGAGCAUUACCACCUCCUGCUCAUCACAGCUCCGCCAGGCCAUUAUUGGCUAGUCAUCCAACGCAUCCUCUACCCGCACAUAUGCAGCCAACGGCUGUUUAUGGAUUGGCGCCGCUAUCUCCAGCUAAACAUCAGUAUCAACCAUCCGGAUUAUGGUUUACCGAAUAAUUACCAAAAGGAAAAAGAUUCCAGUGGUAUCUUUUAUCCAAAAGUCGACAGAGCGACCGGAUGGAUGGGAGUGUUUUGUUUCUGUAGGUUAUGGCGCAAGGACUGAUUGUUCGACCCAUGUCAAUGCUGUGUCUCGAAACUCCUGCAUCGUGCUAGUCGGUAAAUAUGUCUGAACAAUUGACUUUUUCAUUUUUUUUUUUGUCCUCAAUUUGUUUCCUCGAACAAGGAUUACAACUACAAGGAUCGAAAGCAAUCAAAAUUCAUGAAAACAGUUCUGUUUCGAGCCCGUCAGAAUUGAAAAAGUCACUGGCCAGCAGGAGUUUCAUUCAUUAUAGGUGUUGGAAUGCACGAUAUUACAGUUGUUUAAUGUCAUCCUGCAAAAUCGUAAAUUAUGGUGUUUUGGCAAUUAGGAAUAUGGAUAUACAUAUAACGAGUAAGUAAGCGUAGAUGUAAGCGACUCAGAAAACCGAAUAAUGAGAAAGUCUGAAAUAUAAUACGAAAACAAAAGAAGCAGAUACUAAACAGUCAGACGAACUAAAAAAACAAAAACACAAAGUUAAAGGAGGCACCAAAAGUAUAAGAAUGUUGGCGAAAUAGGGUGUAAUGGGAAGGCGGGAUCAAUUAAGGGAGCUAUGUAAAUAAUUCAAUCAACUAUUUAAUUCACCGAUCUUCAUCAAUCAUACCAAAUUAAAAGAUCGGAAUUACUUCGAUACGGCAGUCCCGAGCACUUCGAGCCGCUUGUUAAAAAAAAAAAAAACAAAACAAAAAGAAGAAGAAAAGAUUGAAGAGGAAUGAAGUAAAGUGAAGCGACGCGCUACUCGCUGUAAUGAAUGCCGAUAAUUAGAAAACAUAUAAUUUCUUAAAUUGGUAAAUUGAAUUAAUAGCGAAUAGUCUGGAAUAUUUUAAUCGUUACCUCAAUAUUAGGAAAAGCGCUGUUCAUAAUAAAUAAAACAUAACAUAGUUAGGGUUUGCAUUUCCUAUGAUAUGUUAUCGAAGUAUCAUAAAUGUGAUUUUAACGAACGUUAACAGAUUCAAUUUAGCUCUUUUCACUAUUAUUUUAUAAGAAUAAAAAUAAAAACAAAAAAAGAAGAAUAACAUUAAUAAUUUAAUCGCGCUAGGUAAUUUCUAUAUCAAAUAAUAUUCUAACAUUGAAUUAUGUUUUUAACAAAGAGAGGUGUAUUCUUUACUGAUAACUUCAUAUUAACCAAAAAAAAAAAAAGGAAAGAAAAUUGAAAAGAAAAAAACAUAAUAACUAACGCAGAAUUUCAACAGAUUUUGGUUUGGUUAGAGUUAGGCGUAGAUUUAGAAAAGAAAAUUAAAAAUGAUACGAAUGGCGCUCGUCCAACUUGUACAAAGUGUAUAUCUAGAUGAAAAUAUGUUACGUUACAUUAUUAUGUUGCGUUAAAUUACUACUGCUAUAUCGCAAUGAAAAAUUUAGUAGCUCUAUUGACAAGAGGUUUAGUAGAUAUGAAACGUUGCCUCACUAUUUAUUCUAUGUAUACCUUGUAAAUAUCAGAUACCUAAUUAAUUUCAAAUCCAAGCACAAAAGCUGUAAUGUAUAAUACAUACAUUUAGUUGUCCAUUGAAACUGCAUAAUAGUUAUCGGGAAAAGAGAACAACUAAAAAAAAAAAUAAUUUCUGAAAUCAAUUAACCGAUUGAUUUUAGUGAGACUUCCGUUCUUUUUUUUCUGAUUAUCUCUGUAAAUAUCGUCUAGUAUUGUAGCGAGAUAGUUUCAUUUUAUUUUAUUUUAUUUUGGCAUUAGUUCAUAAGUAAAAACUUGGACACGUGAAUUGAUUUAUCUACGUAAUAUACAAAAAUUAAAAUUCUGAAGACUUGAAUAUCGCGAUCGAGAGUUUUUGAAAAAAAAACCCAAAAAAAAAAAGAUUGAACGCGAAUUGACGACGAUAAAAACCGUGAAGUGAUAGACGUGCUCGUGCGAGAGCGACGAUAUCGUUCUUUCAAAUCAAUUCGAACGAGGCCACGUUAAAUUUCGCUUUGAAAAAAAUUCAAGAGAAUAUUAAAACGGCGAUUACGUUACGCCGCAUCCAUCUGUUCUAAAAAAAUGUAUGUUUACUGCGCAGCUCGAAUUGAUAAUUCGCAAUAUUUCGCGCUCACAAUUUUCGCACGUUUCUUGUUCGUUGUAAAAGUUUUAUAUUCGCGCACCCGUCGUCACUGUAUGGCGUGUUAUCAAAAACAAUUCGUAUCAAUUAUCGGCCAACACGCGGCUUAUUUCUUAAAAAAAAAAUAAUCUAUAUAGAUCACAUUAAUUUUUGUGAUCAACCUAUGGUAUAUUCUAACAACACGGGGUAUUUACCGAAUGUAUGGAAACGGUACAUUACAUAAUCAUUGUUGUUAACUAUUAUUGCUAUUAAUUAUUAUUAAUAAUAAUAUUAUUAUAUUAACACUGCAAAUAUCGCACGGAGAUUGGACUCUCCGGUAGCCCACGCAUUGAUUCAAAAUGCAUUUUCUUCGAUAGGAAUGUUUCUCGAUUAGGCUUACGUCGAGUAUAAUAAUCCCAAAUUUCAAAUUGUUGUCCGAUCAGGAACAAUUUUCACGAUCAACUCGGUUCUAUUCAUACCAUGGCAUUCCUACAAUCACUCUUUAAUUUUUUUUUUUUUUUUAUUUUUUUUAUUUUUUCUCGUCUUCGCCACUCGCUUCUCUCAAGUCUGGCUACGGUUAAAAGAAAGAGUACAAUAGUAACGGUGAACGAAACUAAAAAGUAAAAAGUAAAAACUAAAAAAACAAGUAACCAAGUUUCAUACCCUAGGUGUAAGAGAACCGUAUUUGUAUAGUUACAUUUUCUGGCGAUGGAUUUUAACGAGCUCAUUUAGUAAAUCAUGUAAUAUCGUGAUUUUUUUUGUUUUUUCUCGCUAUUUUUUUGUAUAAUAAUUUGUACGUUAUUGUAAUUAUCAGUGAGUGCCGGGCCACCGGCGCUCGAUACCACAAUUUAGGCUUAUUUAUUAUUUAUUUAUUACUAUUAUUUUUUUCUCUUAUUUUGCUAGAUUCUCAGCGCGACGGCUAUAUUAUUACGCCAUUUAUACAGCGCUGUUGCACCUAAAGUUUUUUAACGGAAUGACAGUUUUAGAUGAUAUAUAUAUAUAUCAUUUGCUUAAUAUAAAAUAGCGAACGGGAUGCGUUGAUCAAAGUUUGAAAAACUAGGUUUAGCGCGGUACUCGCGUACCACGAAAAUCACCCAUAUAUAUAUGUAUAUAUAUGCAUAUAUAUAUCAUCCGUUACAAAGAAGAAAGAAAAAAAAAGACCCUUAACGAUAAUAAAUUUGGAUAAUGCCACGAUAAUUAGUUUGUAAUAAAUUGUCGGGGAUCUGGGAAUUCGAGCAUUUUUUUUGUAAUAUUCUUUAAUUACCUCGGGGCGGUCUUGGGCACGGCGUACGUUAAAAAACGACGUAAUUCGUUAGCCGCAAUAUGAAUUGUUCCCCGAGUGAAAUCAAACUGUAUUAAUUAAAAAUGCCGUACGAAGCAUGUCUUAUUUAAAUUCCCUGACUGUAAAUAUGAAUUACAAUAUUAUACUAUAUAUAUAUAUAUGUAUGUAUAUAUGUAUAACACAUAUAUAUAUUUAACCAAGUCGAUGUGCCUGUUUACAAAUAUGAGAAUAAUCAUACAACAAUAUUACUACGAUAUCGGAGUAACGUCUCUGAAGCUGAAAUAAGAUGGAGAGGAAAAAUGAAAUUAAAAAGAAUGAAAGAAAGAAUAAAAAACGACGUGUGUAUAUAUAUAUAUAAAAGAAAAAAAAAGUGAACAAAAAAUGAAAAAAAAAGUAAUAAUAAUAAUAAUAAUAAUACAAUUACAGUGAGUGUUGCGUGUCGUCGACAUAUUUAUGCUUCCCCGCAUAUUAUCCUUUCAGCGUUUGUUACAUCACGUGAUUAACAAAUUUUUUUCUUAAUUCUUUUUUCUUUUUUAUUUAAAUUAAGAAUUGAAGUCAUAUAUUUAGGCGCCGUAUUCUAUACGUAUGUCGUUGUAACAGCAGUUUUUCCACAGACGUUAUCAAGCCUUACUUUCAUAUUAUUCGUGGUAAUAUAUUCAGUUUAGGAUAAUCGAUAUCGCAACCAUUAUAGAUAAAUUCGUAUUGUUCGAUAAUGAAUAAUUUUAUUGACUAAUUUUUACUAAUACAAAUGAAUGAUGGAAAUAACAUAACACACGUAACUAUGUAAUCGUUGGUUCUAGUUGUGAUAUUUUAUUAAUAGUGAAUGAUGUAACGAGUCAAAAAGGGAUGAAUUAUAAUAUACAUCGGGGAUCGAAUUAUUAUUCGAUCAUACUCACAAUCAGUCGCGACGGAAUGACUUAUCAUUAAUUUGUACAUAAAUAUGUUUUUGAAAGAAAUUUUUUGCUAUUCGUUAGCCGGGCAGUUAGUGUCCAUGAUAAUUUUCGUUAAUUAUAAAACAAAUACAGACAAAAAAAGAAAAUGAAAAGGAGAAUAAAAACCAGAUGAAAAUUUUAGCUCUACUUUAAUUAUUAUUAUAAUACGUAUCGAAUUCUGCAUGUCUCUCCUGUAUACGAUAAACUGAUAGAAUCCAAUAUAAUGUAUUCUGUCGGUUUCCGAUCGCUGUAAACAAAACAAAACAAAACAAAAAAACAAAACAUUAUGAUAUUAGCACACGAAUAUCGAAAAUCUAAGUUCCUCAUUUGAUUCUAGUUUGUAAGAAAUUUAUUUACAAUCGUCGCUUUUGUUGGAUUUUUUUUUUUCUUUUUUUUUUUUUUGCAUUGAAUGAUACCGGAAAUACGUAGAAAUUUGUGACAGAAUAUAUUUGUAACGUACAAAUGGGUGUUUUGAACAAAUGGUGUUAAUUUUCGGGGUUUGGAAAGCGAUCGACUCACAAUAAAAGAAAUGAAAAAAUGAAAACAAAAAAAGGAAUAAGGCCCUUGAAUUAACUUCGGUAAAGAAAAAAAAAAAAAAACACUUAGAAUUUGACAAGGAUAGCUAGUGUUUAGAAUUUUUUGGUGGUUAGCUCUGGUUAUUGUAACAAAAUAUGAUUAACGAUAAAUUAUAUUCUUAUUGUAAGGGUAAUUCAAUAUUCAUCACAUCCUAUGGAUAGUUAAUAUAUAUAUACACAUAUAUAUAUAUAUAUAAUAAAUGAUAAUAACACUAUAUGUAAAUGUAGCGAGAGAUAAAAUAUUUUUGGAGUUAGUAGGGUGAUAGCUGUGAAUUAUUAGAUGUCGGCUUAGGGCUAACUACUCUCCGUGAUCACGAAUAAAUUUAAUCUUAUAGAUAAAUCAAUAUAAUAUUCGCAACUGCUCUUUUGAUAAAACAUUGAAUAGCGUCGAUUAAAAUUUUUCUACCACAAUUCGCUGACUCGAUAUUCAAAUCGUAGAUAAUCACAUCCGCGUCAUUCACAAUCCGUCGAAACAAUACCGAUAUGAUAAAUUUCAAAAAAUUCAUAGGCUUUUUAUUAUAAUUUAAUCGACGAUAAACUGUAGACAAGUAUAAUAAUGAAAAAGUCUGAUAGUAUGUCGUGUACUCAAAUGAAUCAACUGUUCCUUUGAUACCGCAAUGAUAUCUGAAUUCUGCUAAUUUCAUUAAUUCGUUAGAAUUAAAAAAAAAUUUCAAAAAUAACAGAUAAAAAAAGAGUAAAACAAAAAUGAAAAAGAUGGCGUUAUACGUAAACGAAUGAACGAGUAAAUUCUCUUUUCCAAUAUCCGACUUAACGGAGAGUAGAUUUGAAAAUAAAUAAAUGAUUGAAUAACAAAUGAAAACGAAUGAAACAUAGACGCAGGAUAUACUAGGCUAGUUAAUUAAACUAUCUGACUGUUUUUCAAUGUUCUUAACGUUCGUUAACGCUACCGUAAAUUAGUAACGAUGACGUUCAAUUAUUAUUAUCAUUAUUAUUAUUAUCAUCAUUAUCAUUGUUGUUGUUGUUAUUAUCAUCAUUAUUAUCGAUGACAACGUAUUCUAUGAAUAUAUCAUAAUACAAUGAUCGUAUGUAUAUUAUUCCUGUAUGUUAGAAGACGAAAAUUUUCGCGACAAUGUAGUAUACUUAUGAUAUCGAUAAUUUACCUGUUAAACGUACGGUGGUCUAAAUAUUUGGCUGUAUUCGAUUCGUUGAUUAAUUGAAAAUGAAAUUUUGCAUAUGUCAGUAGUUUUAUCCCAAGGUUUUUCCGGGAAUCGAAAUAUCGCUUAUUUCACGUUUCUUGAACCGAAGUUCGUUUCGCGAGGCAUAUUUAUCAAUCGACUGUUCGAUUCGGUCCUAAUUACCGCGAUAAAUUGCUAGGUAGAAUCCAGAAAAUUGAUAUCCUCUUCAAGGAUCGUUGAAUCGAAAUCACGUGAGCAAGAGAAAAUUGAAAGACCAACAGCUGAGAAAAGAAAAGUCAGCCGAACAGCCGAUUUAAAAAUAGAAAAAAAAAAAAAAAACUCAAACCGCUCAAUAAAAUGGCUCUGAAUCGCAACCACCACAUAAUUUAGGAUAUUUUUACAUGCUUUUACGCUUUUCAUCUAGACUCGUGUAAAUUAAAAAUAUAAUACAGAGGUACCUUAGCUUUUUAAUAUAUAUCUCACUAUAGGCACACUUAGAUAACUUUGUCGUAACUGAGAAAAAGUUUGAAGGAAAGGGGCGAAAAUUCUCGUUGCACAAUCCACCCGACCUACGCGAAUAACGACUGUAGUUAUUUUUCUGUUCAUUUUUAUUUUUAUUUUUUUUUUUUUAAUGUCAUUUUCGUCGUUUGAAUAGAAAUUGAAUAACAAUUGACUGGUGUUUUAUAUAAAACGUUGAGAUAAUGAAAAAAUACAACAAAUAUCCAUUACCAUUAAACGCUGUAUGAAUACCAAUAUAUUAUACUUGUAUCAUAAACUAUAUAUAUAUAUAUAUAAAUACGUUAUAUAUCUAUAUCUUUAAAAAUUAAUACCAAUAAUCUAAGUGCGAUUUAAAUAUUAUAAUUUAUAUAUUUCUGUAACAUAUUAACACGUGUGUAAAAUAUGCGAUAGCUCAUUAAUUUCUCUAUUUGUCUAUAGGAAUACCGAUACACAUAUUAAUUCAUACAUAAUAAUCCAAUUGGUGGACGCUGAGUAUAUAUAUAUAUAUAUUUUUUUUUUUCUUCGCCGAAAAACGUAGAGAAAAACGAAAGGGAGAGAAAAAAAAAAAAACGAAGAAAAUGAAACAGAACGUUUUAACGAAAUAAUACUAUACACACAUAGUUGGGGGAUAAUUUGGUGGUACAAGAAUACCUUACAAAUAAUUCAGUUUCAUUGGAAAUAAUUAAUUAAAUCAUACGUGCGCGUUGUCGCGAAUCCUUAUCUUUAUUUAUUUGUUUUUUAUUUUUAUUUUUUCUGUUCGUUCAAAUCUUUUGGUGGAAAGUUCACGUAGCAUUGCCUUAUCAUAUAUCGUAAUAUUAUCGUACAGCUAAUAUGUAUACUUUAUACGGAAAACUUUCUAUACUAUAUUGCGUUACGAGGAGCAAUUAUCAUUGACUGGGUUCAUUUUUUGCCUGCCAAAGGUUUCCGGAUAACCAAACAAAAGACGAAUGAAGAGAAAAACGAGAUGAAAAUUAAAACUAAAUAAAUAAAUAAAUAACCACACGAUAUGUUAUUUAAACUUUCUAAUCAGCCUGCCCACAAGUAUUAACGCCAUUCAAGCGCUGAUCUGUCGCAAAAAACUAUCAGAGUAACGCAUGCAUCAAUUGAUUUUCCGAAGUUGACGAGAGUACAAAAAAAAGAAAAAAAUAUAAAUAAAUAAAUAAACCGUAGAAUUUAGUUUUGAAAGACGAAUAUAAAGUAAAGUAAAACGUAAGGGGGGGGAAAGAAACCAACAGAGAAAUGAAAAAAAUAGUUGAUCGAAUGAAGAGUUGAAAUCAGACAUUGUAUACCUAGGUGUAAAAAUAAGUAGAGGAAUAAAAGUAACAAAAAGAUCCUAGGCAUGUAAGAAUUAAAAAGUAAAAGAAAAAUUAAUGAACAAUUAAUGUUGUAUAAACUGGUUCUGUAAAUUGAGUAAUAUACUAUAUUAUAAUAACAAGACGCUACCGCAUAUGAUCGCGAAAAUGAAUUUAACAAAAUUUGAAAAAAAACUUCUUUUCGAUAAUUUGUGAACUGCUGAAAAUCAAACUUCAUUUACGAAACACUGAUUCAUUUUUGGAAAUUCAAAUUAUCGGCAGUUUACGAUGUAUUUUGUCGUUAUUAUACUUUGAUUCGUCUAAUUUCAUAUUUUUCCAUCGAUCACCAUAUUAACUAAUCAUUACGGAGGGCUUUAUUUUCAAUCAGUGACACGAAAAAAAAAAAAAACAAACAAUAAUUAUUAAUAAUGAUAACCACUAUUGCUUUUCGAAGGUGUAAUUUUUAUUAAUUGAUAACGGGAAAAUAAUAAUUUAAAGAAUGGAAUAAAACUAAGCGAAAAUUUGAAAGAAAAAACAAAAAACAAAAAAAAAAAAGAAAAGAAAAGAAAAAAAACUUGUAUAAUUAAAAAUAUUUUAUCACAUGGGCUGAUUAAAUUUAGUGUAUUGUAAUUAUUAAUGUUUCGGUCGAGCGAUAUCAGUUUUUGUACUAUACCAAUAAGCUUGUAAAAAUGUAAAUUUUGGCAGUCUUGGCGAGAGGAAAAAAUGAACAAAAAUAUAAAUUUAUCGACCUCCUUAUUUGGACUUUUUUUCCGUUUCUUUUCUAAAGCUUAGUACAAAAACUGUCGCUCCGACUAAUUGAAUCACGGUUUUAUGUAUAUUAUUACUGUAGUAUAAUCAAAUACUAAAGACUAAUGCUUAAGGCGAUCAAUCUAGGCUUCGAAAAAUGUGAUAUUUUCGAAGCGAAACGAUUAUAUUUGAACAUGAUACAAAAAAAAAAAAAAACAAACAAACAAACAAACAAUGUUUAAAGGAAAAAUAAGUUACAGGAAGUAAUAAACUGAUAUGUGCGGGCCUCUUAUUGAUGACUCGGGCAUUUAAACAGUAAAA